AUGGCGACCUCCAUGAGGAAAUCUAUAUGUCUCCUCUACCAGGGCUUCGGAAACAGGGGGAGGAAAGAUUGGUCUGCCGACUUCACAAGUCAUUAUAUGAGACAAGGCAAGUCUUUUACUGCCCUCUUGAUAUAUGUUGAUGAUAUUUUGAUUACGGGAAAUGAUUCUGCAAGUAUUGAUGCACUCAAGCAAUUUCUUCAUCGUAAUUUCCGUAUUAAAGACCUUGGAGACUUAAAAUAUUUCCUUGGCAUUGAGGUUUCUGCUUCGAAAAAUGGGAUUUUUAUUUCUCAACGAAAAUAUGCGUUAGAGAUUAUUAAGGAUGCAGGGUUGAUGGGUGCUGCCCCUGUUGACACACCUAUGGAACGAGGACUGAAGUUAUCUGACAUGAGUGACUUGCUCAAAGAUCUGGCUCGUUACAGAAGAUUGGUUGGCAGAUUAAUAUACCUUACUGUUUCGAGACCAGAUAUCACUUAUUCAGUCCAUGUAUUAAGCAGAUUCAUGCAUCAACCUCGAAAAUGUCAUAUGGAAGCAGCUUUGCGUGUUGUGCGUUACCUCAAAGGUGCACCUGGUCAAGGUUUAUUUUUCUCUUCACAGAGUGAUCUCAGAUUGCGUGCUUAUUGUGAUUCAGAUUGGGCAGGGUGCCCCAUUACUAGAAGAUCAACCACAGGUUAUUGUGUUUUUCUUGGUUCUUCGUUGGUUUCAUGGAGAUCAAAAAGACAGAAAACAGUCUCGCUUUCUUCAGCUGAAGCGGAGUAUCGUGCAAUGACAGGUGCCUGCUGUGAAUUAACGUGGCUUCGAUACCUACUCAGAGACUUAGGAAUAUUACAUCAAGAACCCGCCUUGCUAUUUUGUGAUAACAAGGCAGCGCUGCACAUUGCAGCGAAUCCAAUUUUUCAUGAGCGAACUCGUCAUAUUGAAAUGGACUGCCACUACAUCAGGGAUAAAAUCCAAGAUGGUUCUGUUGUUGCCAAGUUUGUCAUUUCUGCUCAUCAAUUGGCGGAUGUCCUCACUAAGGCCUUGGGAAAGGAAAUCUUCCUUCCUAUGAUUCGCAAGUUGGGAGUUCGAGAUAUCCACUCUCCAACUUGA